UCACAUGCCACACCCGAGUGGACCAAGAAUCUCGGUCACUACAAUAUAAAAGCUAGAAGGUUUCAUGAUAUCGAACACAGUUCAAGUUCUUUACUCCGAUAAGCUUGUGUUCUAAAGUAGUGCGUUUUCUUUUUUAAGUAGAUAAACAAAAAGUCUUGUGACCAUGAAAUCCAUCGCCAUACUAGCCUUCACCCUGCUGGCCGUGACCGCUUCCGUGUCCAGCCAGAAGUACACCACCAAGUACGACGGCAUCGACGUCGACGAAAUCCUCAAGUCAGACCGGCUGUUCAACAACUACUACAAGUGCCUGCUGGAACAGGGCCGCUGCACUCCGGAUGCCAACGAGCUGAAGCGGCUACUGCCGGAAGCGCUGCAAACGAACUGCGCCAAGUGCACGGAAAAGCAGCGCCAGGGAGCGGUCCGAGUGAUCAACUAUCUGAUUGAAAACCGCGGCGCCCAGUGGAAGACUCUGCAGGCCAAGUACGACCCCAGCAACAUCUACAUCAACAAGUACCGCAAGGAGGCCCAACAGGCUGGUAUCAAGAUCUAGAUUGCUGCCCGUGGUGCAACCUCACUCUGAACUGAUGAUCCCUAAACGACUCGGAAACUCAUCCCCGGGACUACGCAGUUGACCGGCGCAGAAAUCUAGAGACAGAUGAAACCAAAGUUCCAAUAUCUGUGUAUAUUUUUGUUUUAAACUGACUUAAUUCGCCCAAGUGCUGUAGUUUGUGCUUUUAAUUCUCUACUCUCUUAUCCCGGAAACAGCACGGAAGCGAAAAUGAAAGCGGCAAUAAAUUCAAAACGUUUAAGUUUUUCUCUCUAUUAAAAAAUAAUAAAAACAAAGUCUAUCCGAUCAUAGACGAAGCGUGUACAGUACGGA